GUCUGCGCCCACGUGUGGCUGCUGCGUGCGCGCGCGUCUGCGCGCGCUUCCCCCCCCCCCCCCGCUCGCCCCCGGCCCCCUUUGAUCCUGCCUUUCAUCUUGAACGAGGUACUGAACCAAUUGCGGUCCAAGACCCGCGGGCGGUGUGGGGGCUUGGGGGUCCCUUCCCGAAGCGAUGACCAAGCGCCGCUCCCGGGCGGGCCCAGGCGGUAGGCCGGGUGCCGGUGGUCAGGCGGGCCGGCCGGCCUCGCGCCGGGGGCUGUCGGGGGCGCUCCUCGGGGCCCAGGAUGGUGCGGCGGCGCGUCCCGGCCGGGAGGCCGAGCUGAGGCGGCGGAGGCAGGAGGAGACGCGCGAGCAGCAGCGCCUGGCCCGAGAGCGCGAGCAGGGCCAGCGCCGCAGUCUGGAGGGCCUCCAGCGGGAGGCGCUGCGGCGUCAGCACGAGCACGAGCAGCGCGAGCGCGAUCUGCGUGCCCUGGCGCAGCGGCCGCCCCCGGAGCUGGAGCGCGAGGCCUCGCGCAAGGCCUACUACCGCGAGUUCAAGCGGGUGGUGGAGGCGGCCGACGUGGUGCUGGAGGUGCUGGACGCCCGCGACCCCCAGAGCUGCCGCUGCCCGCAGGUGGAGCAGGCCGUGCUGCAGGCCGGCGGCGGCAAGCGCCUGGUGCUGGUGCUCAACAAGAUCGACCUGGUGCCGCGCCAGCUGGCCCAGAAGUGGCUGGCCUACCUGCGCCACGAGCUGCCCACCGUGGCCUUCAAGGCCUCCACGCAGCAGCAGACCCGCCACCUGCAGCAGAGUCGCGUGCCGCCCACAAGCGCCUCGGCCUCGCUGCUGUCCACCGGCGCCUGCCUGGGCGCCGACUGCCUGCUGAAGCUCCUGGGCAACUACUGCCGCAGCCACGACCUGCGCACCGCCAUCCGCGUGGGCGUCGUGGGCUUCCCCAACGUGGGCAAGAGCAGUCUGAUCAACAGCCUGAAGCGUGCGCGCGCCUGCAACGUGGGCGCCACCCCGGGCGUCACCAAGUGCCUGCAGGAGGUCCACCUGGACAAGCACGUCACGCUGCUGGACUCCCCGGGCAUCGUCAUGUCCGACUCUGCCUCGGACACCGCCCUCAUCCUCCGCAACUGCCUGAAGGUGGAGCGGCUGGCCGACCCCGUGACGCCCGUGGAGGCCAUCCUGCGCCGCUGCAGCCCCCAGCAGCUGGCCCAGCGCUACGGCAUCCCCGAGUUCAAGACCACCGCCGAGUUCCUGGCGCUCCUGGCCCGCAGGCUGGGCAGACUCAAGAAGGGAGGCACCCCUGACCAGGAAAAGGCUGCCAGGGCCGUGCUGACCGACUGGAUGAACGGCAGGAUCAGCUACUUCACCCACCCGCCCGAGACGCACACCAUGCCCACGCACAUCAGCGCCGAAAUCGUGGCGGAGAUGGGCAAAGCCUUUGACUUUGAGGCCCUGGAGCAGGGCAACAUGGAGGCCUUGGCCAGCGUGCCACAGGGGCUUGUAGGCACUGACCAGAAGCCUUUCAGCCUCCCCGGUGAGACGGAAGAAGAGAUGCUAGAGGAGGAGGAAGAGGAGUUCUGGGAUGCCAAAGAAGACCUGGACGAUUUCAUGGAUGAAGACAAAGAUCCGGAGUUUGGUGCCAUCACCGUGGACCUCAAAGGCACCAAGAGUAAGAAGCCGGUAGAGGCUGAAGAGAAGCUGCCCCAGGCCCCCAAACUAGAAGAAAUCUGGGCCCUGGAUCCUCUCCAUCAGGGACAGGGCCUGGCUGCUGCCUGCAAGAGGAGAAAAAAGCUGCAGAAGAGAGCUAAUAAACUUGCAACAAAGCUGUCUGACAGCCUUGUGGCUGCUUUGGACUUAACUGUUACGGAUGAAUGAACAAUCUGUACCACCUGGUUAUGGACUAAUUUGGCCUAAAAACAGUGACAAAGGGCGCCCCACAUGUUGUGAGCAUGAGUUACUCAGCCAGGGUGCAUGGGACAAGCACUGUCCCCUACCCACAGCUUGCCCCAGAAGAGUGGACUGUGAAGGCCAGACCAGCCCUUUAAACACCAGUAUUUAAAAAUUAAAAAAAUAAAAAUAAAACAGCUAAUCAGGCAAUGUUCUGAUUGGUGGCAUUGUAUGAGGGGGAUUCAUAUUGGCUUGGGGAAAUGGAUUUUAUUCCAGAUCUCUGGGAAAGAGACUAGUGAGUGAGCAGUGGGGAGAAAUUGAGAGUCAUUCAUCCAGGGAAGUAGAGGAAAUGUUCUUAAGGGCAGUUGCAAGGUGAAAUGAGGUGUUUAGAUCUCAUUAAA